GGUGGGUGAGUCAUGCGUGGGCGUGCAGCAGCUAUGAAAAGCAGCAUGUGAGCCCAUCUGAGGACCACAACAGUGGACCCGACUGGAACGCCCUGCUGAUUGUCUUCAUCGUCCUCCAUUUGCUGUCGAAGAUGCUGAAGACUCUGCUGACGCUCAUGUGCCUCCUGGUUCUGGCCUGCGGGGUCAAGAGACGCGGCCCCGGGGCGUCUCCGCCGGUGGCCGGCCGGGGGAGGUUCCACCUCCACGGCACCAUGAACUGCACCUGGGCGGCCCGGGAGAGCGACCCCGACUCUGUGAGGGUGUCUGUGAAGUGCGAGGACCCUGUGGCGCGUGUCCAAGGCGGGGGGACAGACAUGGAGUGCGCCUAUGACGGCAAGCCGCAGAUCUGCCCGGCCUACCGCUCCGACCCCAAGGGCUUCUGGAAGCAGAUGGGGCGCUCCUUCAAGAAGCUCGGGGAGGACACGUGCAAGGAUGAGACUGCGCUGGUGAGGGCGAGCAUGUGCAAGCGAGCCCCCCGCGACGCUCACUUCAAGCUGGACAUCACGAGCUCUGUCAUCAGCGCACAGUCCGGAGGUCAGGAUCUCCCGCCCUCUGGCCCCCUCGCCACGCCCUGCCCUGAGACCAGGAGGCGGGCGGAGGAGUACUGCAGCAGCUCCCUGGCCAACCUGUGCGCCUUCUUUUUUAUGAUGAUGCCGAAUGACGACUGUUAGAAGUGAAUUAUAUUUUUAUAUAGCGCUUUUUCUCUAGUGACUAAAAGCGCUUUUACAUGGUGAAACCCAAUAUCUAAUUUUUACAUUUAAACCAGUGUGGGUGGCACUGGGAGCAGGUGGGUAAAGUGUCUUGCCCAAGGACACAACGCCAGGGACUAGGAUGGCGGAAGCGGGGAUCGAACCUGCAACCCUCAAGUUGCUGGCACGGCCGCUCUACCAACCGACCUAUGCCGCCCCUGUUAGAACACUUGCUCGACCACUCGGUGGACAUGAUGUUUAUUCCUUUGUCUUGUCUUGACAACUCAGUUGGCGCCAUUGUCUCUCUUUUCAAUAUCUGUUUUAUAUUAAAUACAGAGUACAAUUUCUAUUGUAAAUCAAAAUAUAUAAAUAAAAUGUUCUCAUAACCCCUCA